AUGCACACAAGUGUGAAGUCACAUGAGCCCAGGGCGAUUGUCAUCGGCAGUGGUGUUGCAGGAAUCGCUCUCGCUGCGCGUCUUCGGAGCACUCUCGGCUUCAAGAAUUUCAUUAUCUACGAACGAGAGGCUGAAUUGGGCGGCACCUGGUUCCUGAACACAUAUCCUGGAGUUGGGUGUGAUGUCGACUCUCAUCUUUACUCUUUUUCGUUCAAUCUAAAUCCAAACUGGUCCCAGAGAUUCGCCAACCAACCCGAAAUUCUUGAGUAUUUGCAAUCAACUGCGACUAAGUUUGGAAUUCGCCCACACAUUCGCUUCGGAAUAGAGGUAAUCGAAGCCUCAUGGAAUGAAAGUCGUCAGCUAUGGCAGGUGCAACUACGGAACGUCAGCAGCGGUCAUAUCUUCUCAAGAGAAGCAGAGAUACUUGUAUCAUGUGUGGGAUCCAUAUCGAUCCCGAAAGACUGCAGUAUCCCAAACUACGAGCAGUACACUGGCAAGAUCUGGCAUUCAGCUCGCUGGGAUCAUACCGAGAGCAUAGCAGGAAAGAGCGUCGCGGUGAUAGGUAACGGCUGUUCUGCUGCACAGCUAGUCCCCCAUGUGGUUCGUGAUGCAGCGAAAGUUGUCCAAUUCCAGCGGUCGCCGCAAUGGAUCAACGCAAGACCGAACAGUCAAUUCAGUAAACUUCAGAAGUUCCUCUUCCGCCAUUUGCCGUUUGUCAUGCGACUAUAUCGAUUUACGUUGUGGAAAAGGACCGACUCCUUACAUCAGCUCUAUACUUCGACCAGUCCAUCCGCUGUCCAGGCGAGAGUCGAGGCCACUAGAGAAGCAGUUAGCUAUAUGGAAGAGACUGCACCAAAGAAGUACCACGAUAUACUGAUCCCAAAAUUCCCUUUGGGAUGUAAGCGGCGGAUAUUUGAUCCUGGAUAUCUCGAAGCCUUACAUAGUCCCAAGAUCGAAUUGACAUCAGAACCCAUCGUCGCCUUCACGGAAAAGGGGCUCAAGACUAGCAAAAGAGAUCUCAAUUUCGAUGUCGUGGUCCUCAGUACUGGCUUCAAAAUCCAGGAAUUCCUGUCACCCAUCAAGCUCACUGGCAAAAGCAACAUUACACUCAACGAGCAUUGGGCAUCUACGAGCGGUGCUCAAGCUUACAAAGCGACUUUUGUUACCGGCUUUCCCAACUUCGGCAUCAUCUUCGGACCUAAUGCAUUUCCAGCACAUAAUUCGGUCAUCUAUACGAAUGAAGUUCAAGUUGAGUAUGUGAUCAAAAGCCUCUUUCGUCCCAUAAUCAAAGGCUCCUUCUCUGUGCUAGAAGUCAAGGAGGCAGCAGAGCAUCGCGACGCUACAGACAUACAAAAUCAGUUGCAGAAAAUGGUCUGGAGUAGUGGAUGCUCAAACUGGAACCUGGACGCUUCCGGUAGAAAUACUACAAACUAUCACGAUGAGACGUGGAAAUUUUGGUACCGGCUGUGGUGGCCUGCAUGGGAGGAUUUCGAUCUUUCGGGUGGAAAAGGAGCGUCAUUACCCUGGAGGCCCGAGUGGAAGAUUGCAGGCACUGCCAUUGCACUAGCGGCGUCAAUAAUCUCAGCUUUUCAUUCAUUCUAA